GCUUUCCGUUUGUUUUCUACCAGUCUGCAGUUUGAGCCAUUGCUUAGAAGUGUCUUUUUACCAGAAGAGCAGUCAUGAAGGUCGCCGUCGUUCUCGCCUGCCUGCUGGUGGCAGUCGCUGCCAAGCCCCAGUUCCGUGGAUCUCAUCUCGGAGGACUGGGCGGAUUAGGUGGUGGAUUUGGCGGAAAUGCUGGCGGAAACGCCCAGUCUGGCUCCAUCCAAGCCCAGUCGACCGGUCCUUUUGGCGGCACCAGCCAGAUCCAAAAGAGCAGCGCUAGUGCUGGAGGAUUUGCGUCUGGCCCGGGAUCGGCCUCCUUCAACAGCGCCGGUAGCACAGUCGGACAGAGCACAGGCCCGUUCGGAAACCAGCAAUUCGCCAACAACCAGGCCACCAGCAACCAGUUCGGACGCUAACCUCCAAUACGUGGAGCUUCGUGCAACGUUUCGGCGAGGACGUACGGACGUCGAAAACUGCUUCAAAUAUUUUCUCUUUUGCAAAAUCGUGGAACGUGUAGUGCUGUCAAUUAAUACAUACAUGUUCGACA